CCAAACACUACGUGAUUCUCUUUAGGUAUUCGAUGCCGGUGGAAACGAGACGCACGCGCCAGUCCUCGACAUUUACCCUGAGUGAAAUUCCUCUCAUUUCAACACAACAGAAGCACAAGCUUCCUCUUCAAUCUUGCUUCUCGAGAAGAGUUUUUAUUUGUCACACUCACCAUAAGUGAAAGGAAGUUGUCCCAUCUUGUACUUUGUUGGAACAGUGCAAUCAAAUUGUGAAAGUGAUCAACAUUAUUCUCUGCUGAAAUUAUUAUCCUUCGCAGUGAUUUAAAAUUUAAUAAAAAACAAAGUGAUUGUGAACAGUGGGUUACAGUGACUUAAAUGUGCUCGUUCAAAUCAUGAUAACCUCCCUAGCUGACUCGAUCUCACUGUCAAAGAGUGAGGAAAAGCAAAAAAUGACGGACGUGAAAACGAGCGUUGGUGGAGGAACAAAGCCAUCGGGUUUCACAGUGAAAGACAUCUUAGAUCUACCAAACGUCAAAACGACCAGCUGCUCAAAAGACAAGAUUUCUCCUUCUUCCGGAACUGAAGGACUUUUGGCGAGCAGUUUGUUCUCACCUACUUUCCAAAUGCUCGGAGAGAACCUUCAUGGACCUUAUAACGGCUCAUUCCCACGGCAUCCGACUAUCGAAUACCCAGUUGGUUAUCCGUCGGAUCUUCUCUAUAGCUUAGCCCGAUGGCCUACGUCUGCGAUAACCAACCCAAAUCGGCACCUAAGUUUGGGGCAACUCGGAUUGUUCGCCCAUUCACAGCGUCAACAGGCGGCCGAAAACUUUGCGAUGUCUUCGAUGGAGGCCAGUUCUCGAUGGGAAGCGCGAACGGCCAAAGCGAGGGCUACCAUCAACAUGACGCCUCUCAGUCCCGACACAACCUGUUCUACGCCCAUUCAGGAGGCUAAUGGCAACUUCAAAACGGAUAGCCAAGAGUCCCGUUCGCGUCAAGACGACGCUUGUCCCGAUAGCACCGACUGUAACAACGGCAUCCUGGACGACAGUAGUGACCUGGACGUUUUCAAUGCUAGUGGAAGCAGCGGUGAUAUGCGGGAUGAUUCCAGGAUGCACGACGAAGGACUAAGCGACAGUGAUGACGAUGAAGAUGAUGAACUCGCGCAUGGGGCGAAACGGAAAGAGCCGUCCCAUUCCCGUCUGGAGAGAACGAAUGCUGAAGACGGCCAAGGUAUGAGCAAGAAACGUAAAAGACGGGUCCUUUUCUCCAAAGCUCAAACUUAUGAGCUGGAGCGUCGCUUCCGCCAACAGCGGUACUUGUCGGCCCCUGAACGCGAACAUUUAGCCAACAUCAUACAUCUAACACCGACACAGGUGAAGAUAUGGUUCCAGAAUCAUCGCUACAAGACGAAACGAGCCCGGCAUGAGAAAAACGUUCACGAUCUUCACCAGUCGAUGCCUCCUGCUCGGAGGGUGGCUAUCCCAGUUCUGGUCAGAGAUGGGAGAACUUGCAUUGUUGGAGCUUUGAAUAAUGGCUCUUCUAGUGCCAGUAACAUCCCGGGGCCUGACAAAUCCCUCAACAGCGUCCAAGCUCACGAAUUUUCUCUCACUAAUUCGGCAGCAGCAGCGGCUGCUUGCAUGAACGCCAUGUCUUUUAAUAUGAAUGCUCCAAACAUGGUCAACGCAUUCAGCAUGAAUGGGAUGGGCUCCAACACCGUUGAUCCGUCUUCCAUGCAACUACCAUCUUUAGCGACCAUGAACCAAAGCCUACGCCCAGCACCGACAGCGCAGUCGAUAGGCUCUUUGCCCUCCACCAUUCCCGGGUCUAUUCCUCUAACGCAAAGCCAUUCUUUCAGUUUUGGACCGCAGUCUCGGUGGUGGUAACAAACAUUCCAAGAUAUUAAUUCAUAAUGACUUCACAUGUGCUAAUUUUAACGUGUGUUUUGCUAGAUUUAAAGGAGAAUAUUUGAAACUUCUUGUUGAUUGGGUGCACACUCACUAUUCCCAGCCCAACCACAUAUAGAAGCGCAGUUGCUUAUAUAGCCUAUACCUUUGUACGAUCUCAUAUUCAAUGUUGUUGACCUUGUACUCCAUCUAUUCAUCAUGGAUUCUGUCGACCUGUUUCAUUAUCGAACACAAAACGGAACUCGUCUAUUACUCAUAGACCAGUGUGCUACUGAUUUGAGCAUUUCAUUCAAUUUCAAUAUCCACGGCGGUGACCCGAUACUUUAAUUUUCAAAUUAAAAGUAUCCAGGCCACCGAGUUGAGCUAUAUUUGAUAUGCUAAAUCAUAGUUUCGCUGCUUAAAAACAUUUCGGUAUAGUAAGUUCUUACGUUCUAAUGCUUUAACCUUAAUUAAUGUUUCACGCAUGCUAUUCAGUGUUAGUAGGAAAUUAAAAUAAUUUUAGAUGGUUUUUUGAAACAAGUAAAAUGGUAAUUAAAAUUCAAUUUAAACGCCUGAAUAAAUGGCUGCUUUUUUGUAACACCAAAAUUUGAAUAACAAAAGAGUCUAUAUCAAUUCAGCAUCUGGUCGUCGCUGUGUAACAACGCUUUUCUCUAUUCUUAACAUUCCAGUUUCUUUAAAAUUGAUUUUUUCUAUCCAUCGUAACCGCCAUUGAAACCACAUUCAAAAUGUAACAUGCUGUAAAAUAUUUGUGCGCUUUCAAUCUUUUAUGUGUAUGAAACCCUUUCUUGCUGUGACAAAGAUAUGUCGGAGAUUGUUCUAAUAUAUAGCGUUACGGUCUGGGUUCAGGUUACGGAAAUUGCGAGGUUAGAAAUGUAUAAUGUAUAGCACACGCACGAUUUUCGGCCCACUUUGAUUUAAAAAUAUGUUGCUACAACGGUGAAGAAUCAAUUAUGUUAAAGUCAUUUGUACAUCCCCUACCCUAUUUUGCGUGCCGUAAAUAAGCCAAUACAUAAGUGGACACUGGCUCUCCCAGAGUAUGAAUGGAUAGCCGAAUUAUAUAAUACAAUGUGAAAAUGUGUAAAAAGAAA